CAGAAACGGGUUUUCGCGUGAGAAGAAGAGAGACAGCGAAACCAAAACAAAACAACUGAUUGCGGUUCCAGUUUUAGAAAAUGGCGAGCGGCUCUGUUUUGCGCUUUUCCGCGGAAAACGCGAUUAUCUACAACGAUUUUUGAACUCGCGUAAAUUAGGAUCGUGGCGAUUUCCCGGGAAAUAAAACGAAAAACGCGAAACUUUUGGGAAAACUGAUGGGAACGAGUCUCCAAAACGUCAAAUUAAUUAAUAAUUAAGUAGAUUCAGAAUGACCAGCCCUUCACCGCAGAACAGUCCCAUGCCGCCACCGCAAGCUCCCAGUCCUAUGGGUCCUCCAAAUCAAAGCCCAGCACCGGCCCAUUCUCCUCAUAGUCCUUAUCAACCGCCACCGAUGGGUGGUCAUUUGAACGGACCCCCUCACCCUAACAUGGGACCCAUGCCUCAUCCACCGACCCAUUUGCCGCCCACGUCGUUAUCGAACGCUCCUGGCCAUCCACAUAUGCCCCCAACUUCGAUGCCUAAUCCUAUAGCACAUCCCCAUGUAUCCCUUAUGCCUCAAUCUCAUUCCGCAUUGCCGCCACACGGUCCGCCGCAAGGUAUGCCGUCCCACACUCAGAGUCACGGUGGUCAGCAACAUUUGGGUCAUCCUCCUCAAAGUCAGAUCCAUCAUCAAGGACAUCCUGGACCUAUGCAAGCACAUCAUUUGGCAGCGCCUCCACCUCCGAGCCACUCUUCGCCUGGUCAUCAUCCCAUGCAUUCUUCGGUGCCGACUUCUCAAGGUCACACGGUUCAUCCUCCGACACAUAGCGGUGGACCUCCCCAGUCGCAUCCGCCAAAUGCACCACAUGGAGGACAUUUAGGUCCACCGCAAGGUCAUUCGGAAAUGCCUAGCGGACCUGGAGGCGGACCUCAUUAUCCCACCCAUCCAGGACCAAUGCCAAGUCCACAGCAUAGGGGGAGUGCUCCUGUAUCACCAGGACCUCAAGGUCACCCGCCGCCUCCCCCACCGCAAAAUCAUCCGCCGCCGCAAUCCCAUCCCCCGCCUCAAGGGCAUCCUUCUCAAGGAAUGCCUCCGGCACCGGGAGGUAUUCCGAACCAACAACCUCCUCCAGGUCAGGAGAACCUAUGUGCCAUACAACGGGCCAUCGAUUCAAUGGAGGAAAAGGGAAUGCAAGAGGAUCCCAGGUAUUCGCAGCUUCUAGCUCUGAGAGCUAGAUCUAACGGAGCCGCGUCCACCUUUACGCAAACGCAAAUGUCUCAGCUAAGGAAUCAAAUUAUGGCGUAUAGAUACUUAGCCAGAAAUCAGCCGAUUCCGCAUCAAAUCUUGAUGGCUCUACAGGGGAAGAAACCAGACGGCACACCACAAUCACCAACCCCUCCACCUGGCCAGGUGGGUUCGGAUGCACCGGAACCACCUACGGAAAGUGUUCCUGUUCAACCCCAACCCAUGCGUCCUCCGCCAAUGUCCCAAGCUGGACCGUUCCAACACCCUCCAGGACCGCAAAGCCAUAUAGGCUCCCAAGGCCCUAUGACCCCACAGGCUUAUAAACCAGCCCCUACCCCACCUCAACAACAAAAUGUACCAAGGGCCGGGACUCAUAGUCAGCAGCCAGGUCACCAACCCCAACACACAUCUAAACAAAACCGCAUUACAGGAGUGCCAAAGCCGGUAGGUUUAGACCCCAUAUUGUUACUCCAAGAACGGGAGAACAGGGUUGCAGCUCGCAUCGCAGCUAGAAUGGAACAGCUCACCAAUCUACCAGUCAACAUGUCUGAGGAGCUCAGAAUACAGGCGCAAAUAGAGCUAAGAGCGUUGAGAUGCUUAAAUUUUCAGAGGCAGCUUAGAAGCGAGAUUAUUUCUUGUACCAGGAGAGAUACUACGUUAGAAACGGCGGUCAAUAUUAAGGCUUACAAGAGAACCAAACGCCAAGGCUUACGUGAAGCCAGAGCGACCGAAAAACUGGAAAAGCAGCAAAAGUUAGAAGCGGAACGUAAACGAAGGCAGAAGCAUCAGGAAUUCUUGGCUUCCGUCUUGCAACACGGGAAAGAUUUUAAAGAAUUCCACCGGAAUAAUCAGGCCAGAUUAGGUAGACUGAAUAAAGCAAUCAUGAAUUACCACGCGAACGCAGAAAGGGAGCAGAAAAAGGAACAGGAAAGAAUCGAAAAGGAACGUAUGAGAAGGUUAAUGGCAGAAGAUGAAGAGGGUUACCGUAAACUGAUUGAUCAGAAAAAAGAUAAACGGCUAGCUUUCCUCUUAUCUCAAACUGAUGAAUAUAUCGGAAACUUGACUGAAAUGGUGAAGCAGCACAAACUAGAGCAGAAGAGAAAACAGCAAGAGGAGGAGAAGCGUAAAAAGAAGAAACGGAAGAGGCUAAUUGCUGACGGUCAGGCCGAGGGGGAUGACGACUGUUCUCAGGAAUCUGACCGACCUGUUACUGUGGUGGAAGUAGCUACCGGUAAAAGACUGGCCGGAGAAGAGGCGCCACUCUUAAGUCAGCUUCAGGAAUGGUUGCAACAAAACCCGGGCUGGGACCUAGCAGAUACUGAAGAUGAAGACGACGAUGACAAUGACGAUGACAAAAAUGAAGAUGGAGACGAGCCGAAAACUGAAGAGGACAAAGCUAAGGCUUUAAUUAAAAAGGCUAAAGUGGAAGAUGAUGAAUACCACAAGAACUCGACUGAAGAGCAGACAUAUUAUAGCAUCGCCCAUACAGUUCAUGAAAUUGUCACUGAGCAAGCUUCCAUUAUGAUAAAUGGACAGCUAAAGGAGUAUCAAACCAAAGGCUUGGAAUGGUUAGUUUCCUUGUACAACAAUAACCUUAAUGGAAUUUUAGCAGAUGAAAUGGGUCUGGGUAAAACAAUCCAAACCAUUGCUCUUUUGACCUAUCUCAUGGAGAAGAAGAAAGUAAACGGGCCGUUUUUGAUCAUUGUUCCAUUAUCAACUCUUUCGAAUUGGAUGUUGGAAUUUGAGAAAUGGGCACCUUCGGUGGUUGUAGUCUCCUACAAAGGGUCACCUGCAGGUAGACGACAGAUCCAAAGCCAAAUGAGGUCGACUAAAUUCAACGUCUUAUUGACUACUUAUGAAUAUGUGAUAAAAGAUAAAGGUGUCUUGGCUAAGCUUCAAUGGAAAUAUAUGAUCAUCGACGAAGGACACAGAAUGAAAAACCAUCAUUGCAAACUAACUCAAGUGUUGAACACGCACUAUAUGGCUCCCCAUAGGUUACUACUUACAGGAACUCCAUUACAAAAUAAACUGCCAGAGUUGUGGGCGUUGCUCAACUUCCUGCUACCUUCAAUAUUUAAAAGUUGUUCCACAUUUGAGCAAUGGUUCAAUGCACCAUUCGCGACUACGGGAGAAAAGGUGGAAUUAAAUGAAGAGGAAACAAUCCUUAUUAUUCGUCGUUUACACAAAGUAUUGAGGCCCUUCCUGUUAAGACGUUUGAAAAAGGAGGUUGAGUCCCAGCUGCCAGAUAAGGUCGAGUAUAUCAUAAAAUGUGACAUGUCGGGAUUGCAAAGGGUUUUAUAUAGGCAUAUGCAAAGCAAAGGAGUUUUACUCACAGAUGGAUCUGAAAGAGGUAACAAGGGUAAAGGUGGUGCAAAGGCUUUGAUGAACACUAUAGUACAGUUGCGCAAGUUAUGCAAUCAUCCAUUUAUGUUCCAGCAUAUUGAAGAGAAGUACUGCGAUCAUGUAGGUAUUGCUGGAGGUGUUAUAUCUGGUCCAGACAUCUAUAGAGCAUCUGGAAAAUUUGAGCUGCUGGAUCGAAUUCUACCCAAAUUGAAAGCCACAAAUCAUAGAGUGUUGCUGUUCUGUCAGAUGACGCAGUUGAUGUCCAUCAUGGAAGAUUACUUGACCUACAGGGGGUUUGGCUAUCUUCGUUUGGAUGGAACCACGAAAGCUGAAGACCGAGGAGAUUUGCUAAAGAAGUUCAAUGCGAAAAAUAGCGAAUAUUUCUUAUUUCUCUUGUCCACUAGGGCUGGAGGUUUGGGGUUAAAUCUCCAGAGUGCCGAUACUGUAAUUAUUUUUGAUUCUGAUUGGAAUCCACACCAGGAUCUACAAGCUCAAGAUCGCGCUCAUCGUAUCGGUCAGCAGAAUGAAGUACGCGUACUUCGUUUGAUGACGGUAAAUUCGGUUGAAGAGAGAAUUUUGGCAGCUGCCAGAUAUAAGUUAAACAUGGACGAAAAAGUGAUUCAAGCCGGAAUGUUUGACCAAAAAUCGACUGGGUCCGAACGCCAGCAGUUUUUGCAAAGCAUUUUGCAUCAGGAUGGAGACGAUGAAGAGGAAGAAAAUGAAGUACCAGAUGAUGAAACCGUCAACCAGAUGGUAGCUCGUUCAGUGGAAGAAUUUGAAUUGUUCCAGAAAAUGGAUCUGGAGAGAAGGAGGGAGGAAGCUAAACUAGGAUCCGCUCGCAAACCUAGACUUGUAGAAGAGAAAGAAUUGCCCGAUUGGCUCGUUAAGGAAGAUGACGAGGUAGAUCCCUGGAAUUAUGAAGAAACGGAAAGUAUCUUGGGUAGAGGUACCCGGCAGAGGAAAGAAGUGGAUUACACCGACAGUUUGACUGAAAAAGAGUGGAUGAAGGCAAUUGACGAAACGGGAGAUUACGAAGAGGAAGACGACGAGGAGGAAAAGUUGAAGAAGAAGAAGAGCAGGAAGCGUAAGAAGCGCGGCGACGACUCAGACAGUGACACACCCACCAGCAGCAAAAGAAAGUGCAGGGGCGCUCAAAAUGGAGGUACCGAUAAUAAAAUGAAAAAACACAUGCGGAAACUCAUGGGAAUUGUCACGAAAUACACCGACAGCGAUGGGCGUCUUCUCAGCGAACCGUUCAUGAAACUGCCACCACGUAAGGACUAUCCCGACUAUUAUGAAAUUAUUAAAAAACCUAUAGACAUUACAAAAAUUCUUAACAGGAUAGAAGAUGGCAAGUAUUCAGAUUUUACCGAUCUAGAACGUGAUUUUAUGCUACUUUGUCAAAAUGCGCAAAUAUACAACGAAGAAGCUUCUCUGAUACAUGAAGACAGUAUAGUGCUGCAAUCAGUGUUUUGCAAUGCGCGACAGAGAAUUGAGACUGACAAUGAUCCCGAAGAUCCGUUUGUCAAACAGGCAACUCUUGUAGCGGACGAAGAAAAAGAAGAGUCUGCUAGCAGAUCGGACACAGACUCUACGGUGAAGAUGAAAAUCAAAUUAGGAAAAGGCAAAAAACAACAAAGUAACAAACGAAAAAGAAACGUAAGAAAAUAUGUGUCGGACGAUGAGGAAGACGACGAUGACUGAAGAAUUAAUUGGGAAGAACUUUUACGCAUUUUUUCAAUAUUAAAUGUGGAGUUUUAGCCUCCUUUAAAUGACUGUAUAAUGUUUCCGCCAACCUUGUAUCUUUCUUCCAACGGGGGAAAAUAGGGAAAUGUUUCGGUGAGAGGUUUGUAUUUUAUUAUUUAUACCCUGCGCUUUUUACAAAAAUUUCGCAAUGGGUGAUAAAAUCACCAAAAACUAAAACUAAACUCACAAAAUUUAAAGCCAAAAAGAUUAACAGGUUGUGAAAAUUUGAAUAGGCAAUUUGGGGAUGGAUUAUGUGAUAAAAUUUAGCAUGUAAAGCAGAUUUUGCAGCUGUAAGCUCUAUUUUCCUCUUGAGCUCAAUUACUAAAAACUAUGUGUGUAAUAUUUGAGGGUAGCUAGAUGGUGUUUAACACGGUGGCAAUAAAAAGUCAAUAAUGGGUUUGCCGUUUGAGAAAAUAUGUUUUGUGGGUUCAAUUUAUCUUGAUAACAUUUUAAUUGGCUGUAAUUUUUUUGUUUUUAGAGACAACAAGAUAAACAAAAAAACAAAAUCUAGGGUUAGUAGCCAAGUUUUUUUCCAAUUGACGUAUGAAACAAAACAAUAUGAAUUUCCUGACGCAUAAGCCUACAUCAUAUUUUUUUAAAUGGAACAUCCUGUAUAUUAUAUAGGUGUUUAAUAGAAUAUCUUAUUCCGUUUACAAUUAUAUAUAUUUUAAUCCCCUCGUUUUUGACAAAUCGGCAAAAAUAGGAAAUUUUUUUAUAAUUUCAAAGACUGGCGUGACUGACUACAACAACAAUAAUUAUUUACAAAUUAAAGUAGAACAAAAACACUAAAAAUGACAAGACACACUAAAGUUAAAAAUUCUUUAACUAUUCAAAAUAAUAAAUAAUGUUACCAACAUUUUCCCGAACACAUUCUCAUACACUCUAAUUGUAUGGAUGUCUUUCAAUUAGUAACGUUUCCAGAUUGUGUCUUAACUGAUUGAUUGCCUCUGAAAUCCUUUGACGAAUUUCCACGACAUUAUGACAAGGAGUUCUGUGCACGUGAUUUUUUGUGUCCCCAUAAGAAAAAAUCCAUUAAAGUUAAGUCGGUGCUAUUGGCUAAUCCAUAGUUCUGCCGUUCCCUAUCCAACCCCUGGGAUAUUCCAUGUUAAGAAAAUUUUUAACUUGCACAAAAUCGCAAGGCACCGUCUUGCUGCCAUAUAAUCAGCGCUGAUAUAUUUAAGGAUAAAUCUAUAUAUUGUUCGAUUUGGUCCUCUAAGAGUUGCAAAUAAUGAUCUCCAGUUAGCUUUUGAUCUAUAAAUAUCAGACUCAAAAUAUGCCCAUCUAUGAUACCACACCAUACAUUAAUUGAUUGGUACCCUGGGUUUUUAUUUCAUGUAUUUCUCUACGAUUAUUUAAAGACCAUUAUUCCGUAUUUUGUCUAUUACAAUCCUUUCUUGUAGUGAAUGUACUUUCAUCAAUCCAUAAAAUGUUUGCGUACUCCUUUGACAUUGUUCUCCACUUAGUUUUUGCGUUUUACGAAAUUAAAAUGCAUACCUUUUUAGCGUUUAGUACGUUACCGUUGUCUUCAAAUUUCUUUGCCAGCCUUGGAAAUAUCUAUUUUGAAGGAGCUCUUCGCUCUGGAUUAAUAGAAUGACCACGAGCUGCGGUUUAUUAUUCAGAAAGUAUAUUUGUAGCAUCACUCCAUUCACGGAUGUUAAAUUCGCGAAAAACCAUUUUAACAAUAAUGAUUUGGACAGUAAUUCAACCAUCAACGGUGUAUACUAACGUAUCAAACAUGAACAUAUUUUUAUUUGCCAGUCAGGGCAGUCUUUGAAAUUAUAACAAAAUUUCCUAUUUUUGCCGAUUUUUCAAAAACGAAAGGACUAAAAUGUAAAGUUUUACAUCAUUGUAAUUGGAAUAAGAUAUUCUAUUAAACACAGGAUCUUCCAUUUAAAAAAAUUUGAUGUAGGCUUAUAUUACAGAAAAUUGAUAGUGUUUUGAUUUGUACGUCAUUGGAAAACAAACUUGACUAUUAACCCUACAUUUUGUUUUUUUGUCUACCUUGAUAUCUCUAAAAACAAAAAAGUUACAGCCAAUUAAAAUGUUAUUAAGAUAAAUUGAACGCACGGUACUACCAUCAAAUAAAACAAAACCCGGAAACCACUUAUUGGCACUUUUACAAUUUUCAAAAUUUCAUUGCUAUAGUUUCAAAUAGAAAAUGAUGAAUGAUUGAUAUACUUUUUAUUUUACCGAUGCCUACCCGUUUUUCGUCAUUAAAACAAUAAAGGAACGUGGCCGUUGCGUCUUCAAUGAAACUGACCAGAUUGACAUUGCUAAUGACAUUAGAAGGUGUCUUACAAUUUAUAGAAAUUGUUUUAAAAUGUUUCGGGCAUUACCGGCGCUAUCUUAUAAUGUAUUAUAUAAGCUUGAAAAUUGUGGCCGACCUAUAUUUUUUAAUUUUAACACAUUGUGUUCAGCAAAAUUAAAGCUAAAAACCGAAAAACAUUUCGAAAAUAAAAUGUCCUACUCAUAAUAUCAACAUUUAGUAAUAAAAUAGUUACAGACAAUAUCCAAAAUAAACUUUAAAUUAAAUUAAAUUUAAAAAUCAGACUGCAACGAUUGAUGACGCGACGAUCAGAAUUCGUUGAUUACGGUACUGUUAAUCAACUGUAUUCUAAUAAAACUGUGAGGAUAUUGAGGUUUUGUUUAAUUUAUAUAUCAGUGCCAUUAUUGUAAGUGUUAGUAGGUUUUAAGUCUGCUGCUCAACAAUAAAUAUAUUAAGCCAAUUUGUAACUUUAGCUUUCCUAUAUUUCAAGACUUUCCAAAAGUCAAAGCCGUUUUUGACUUUAUUUUGGUGCAAUACACCUUGGUGCUUUAUUGUAUUAAGUGACUGAACUGUUUUUUUUAUUAAUAUUUGUGUACGAUUUUUAAUUAAGCAAUUCACUUUUAAUCACAGGAAAUGGUUAAUGUAAAAUGUGUGCUUCUAUAUUAAAUGUAGUAAACACAAGGAGUAUGUUAU